UAAACAUUUUCAUCUCAUGUGUUUGUUUUUUUUGAGAAUUUAUUAAAUUGUUGAUUUUGUUUGGUUAAUUGUGAUUAAAAAAUUUCCACUUUUGGAUAGUUAUGAUUUUGAACAGAAUCAGCUCAAGAUUAUCUCCGAUCCAUGGAGGUUUUUCGGUGUAUAGAAGUAUUUCCACUUCUUCAGUGAAUAAUGUUCGCAAAUUGGUCGUUGAGGAGACGGAAAAUGCUACAAUUGUCAAAGGAGUUGAAAUAGAAUCGGAUCGAAAAGAGUCUCUAAUCAAAGUGAAUGAAAAUCACAACAAAGCUUGUCCUCUUUGUAGAUUGAAUUUGAAAAAUUUAAACUAUUCUGAUAUUCUGAUAACUGGUCAAUUCCUUAAUUCCAAUGGUAAAAUGAUGUCCAAAGAGGAGACACAACUUUGCAAUCGACAAUAUAGUCUAGUGAGUAGACUGAUCUAUCAAGCUCAACAAUGCCGAUUGUUACCUCGACCCGAUAAUUGGCCUCAACCAGCUGGAACUUAUGAUGAAAUGAACAGUUACUUUAUGUUCCCAUAUAAGAAGCGAGAUAAUCCAUGGACUAUGGUUCAAGAAAAAUACUGGAAAUAGAUUAACGAAAUUGAUGGUAAAUCAAUUAAGUCAAUUGGACACGAAAAAAAAAACAAAAUUUGCUAGUUUGUGAGUUGAAGUAAACUAUUGAAUUCUAAUCAAAAUUAAAUGACAAUUGAUCAUAUUGUCAAUUUGUAUUGA